GGGUGCCCUGGGGUCAGUGCUGUUCUGUAAUGGGGAAAUGGUGGGGUCCUCCAGCACCACUUCCCUUGGACUUGGCCUCGGUGUCCUAGGGCAAGGUAACUUGCUGACAGCGAAGCCAGGAGGGGACUGAAUGCUGCUGCUGUCGAAGGUCACUGUCUUCUGUGUCUCUUAGUCACCAUUUUGGAUGCCAGUUGAUGCAACUGCAAUGUAAUUUAUCUCCCCCACAAAAUUUAUUUGAAUACCUUUUAAAAUAAUAAGGCAGUUGCUGUCUUGAACACAGGUUAUGCUGAGAUGUGGAGGCAUUUGUUACCUUGCACCUUCUUAAUGAUCUAAAGUGGUACUUCAGUUUGUCCACAGUGAGGAUCAAGGCCUGAGAAUAAAAAAAUAAAGUUGAAAUAUAGACUAUAUAAAGACUUAAAAGAUGUGGGAUCAAGGUGGACAACCUUGGCAGCAAUGGCCUUUGAACCAACAGCAGUGGAUGCAGUCAUUUCAGCACCAGCAAGAUCCGAGCCAAAUUGACUGGGCUGCAUUAGCUCAAGCAUGGAUUGCUCAACGAGAAGCCUCAGGGCAACAGAAUGUAGUGGAACAACAAGGAAUGAUGCCAAACGGCCAGGAUAUUUCAGGAAUAGAGUCUGGUCCAAACAACCAUAAUAAUUUUCAGGGGGAUCCCAACUUCAACAGAAUGUGGCAGCCAGAAUGGGGAAUGCCUCACCAACCCCCUCACCCACCUCCAGACCAGCAGUGGAUGACUCCAACCCCAGGUCAAAUGGAAAUUGUUCCUCCAUCUGAAGACAGCAACAGUCAGGACAGUGGGGAAUUUACUCCUGACAACAGGCAUAUAUUUAACCAGAACAAUCACAACUUUGGGGGACCUCCCGAUAACUUUGCAAUGGGGCCAGUGAACCAGUUUGACUAUCAGCAUGGGGCUGCUUUUGGUCCACCUCAAGGUGGAUUUCAUCCACCUUAUUGGCAGCCAGGACCACCAGGACCACCAGGUCCUCCAGCACCUCCUGCACCUACUCAAAAUCGAAGGGAAAGACCCUCAUUCAGAGAUCGGCAGCGUUCACCUAUUGCGAUGCCUGUGAAGCAGGAGCCUCCACAGAUUGAUGCUGUGAAGCGUAGAACUCUGCCUGCCUGGAUUCGAGAGGGCCUGGAAAAGAUGGAAAGAGAAAAACAGAAAAAACUGGAAAAAGAGAGAAUGGAGCAGCAACGUUCACAGAUGUCCAAAAAAGAAAAAAAGGAAAGUGAGGAGGCUGAAGAAGGGGAUGGCCCACGGUUACCUCAGAAAAGUAAAUUUGACAGUGAUGAGGAAGAAGAAGAUGCUGAAAACACAGAAGCUGUAAGUGUUGGGAAAAGCAGCAGGAGUCCAUCCCCAGCUCCUCAAGAGGAGCAAAGUGAACCAGAAAUGACAGAAGAAGAAAAGGAGUAUCAAAUGAUGAUGCUGACAAAAAUGCUGCUGACAGAGAUUCUCUUAGAUGUCACAAAUGAAGAAAUCUAUUAUGUGGCCAAAGACGUUCACCGUAAAGCAACUAAAGCUCCUGCAAAACAGCUGGCACAGUCCAGUGCACUGGCUUCCCUCACUGGACUCGGUGGACUGGGUGGUUAUGGAUCAGGAGACAGUGAAGAUGAGAGGAGUGACAGAGGCUCUGAGUCAUCUGAUACUGAUGAUGAGGAAUUACGACACAGAAUCAGGCAAAAACAGGAAGCGUUUUGGAGAAAAGAGAGAGAACAGCAACUACUACUAGAAAAACAGCUAGAAGAAGAGAAGCUACAAAAUGAAAAAGUUUCGAAAGAGAUGAGUGAAUUUAGCAACAAAGAACAAAAUAGUAACUCAGCAUCACAGGAGGCAAAAGAAAUUGAAGCAGAUAUGGUUCAUGAAAAGAAAAGAUCUCCAAAUGCAAUCACACCUGAUGUAGAAGUCAAGAAAGAGGGUAAAGACAGGACAGGAAGGAGUGGGUCCAGAAGCUCCAGCAGUGGUAGCACUAGCAGCAAUAGUAGGAGCAGCAGCAGUAGCAGCACAGUAUCUAGUUCAUCCUAUAGCACUAGCUCAGGUAGCAGUCGCAGCUCUUCACGUUCUUCCUCUCCUAAAAGGAAGAAGAGGCACAGUCGCAGUAGGACGCCAUCACAUAAGGUUAGACGCAGCAGAAGCAGGAGUUACUCCCACAGAAACAGGAGAGAGAGGAGUAGGAGCAGAGAGAAAAUACGGGAAAGGAGAAGAUCUAGUAGAAAUCACAGUGCUGAAAGAGGGGAGAGGCGGAGAAACCGGAGUCCUUCAAGAGAGAAAAGCUGGGAUAGACGUAGAAGCGGUAGCCGCUCACGAGACCGGCGAGCCAACCGUGCAAGCCGCAGCAGAAGCAGGGACAGACGUAAAGCUGAAGACCAGCGUAGAAGCCCAACUGGAAAUAGGCACAAACAUAAAAGUGAGGGUAAAGAUCAAGACAGGAAGAAGGAACAGGGCGGAGGUGUAGAUAAAGACAGAAAAAAGAACAGAGAAAGGGAGAGAGAUCAGGAAAAAAGAAAAGAUAAGCCCAAAAAAGAGGAAAAAGAAAGUAAGGCUGGCAAUCAUGAUGACAGUAGAUUAAAGAGAAAAAGAGACAGUGAAAGAACUUUCUCUCGCAGUGAUUCAAUAUGUGUGAAAAUAAUAAGACAGGAUUCCAGACAAGAAAGCAAAAAAAUUACUACCAAAGAUAGCAAAAAGCGGUCAGGCUCUGAAUCUAGUGCGAGAAGUAGUUCUGAAUCACCAGGAAGCAGUAAAGAAAAGAAGGCUAAGAAAUCAAAGCAUAUUCGGUCAUGCUCCAUGGAGAAAUCUCAAAGGUCUGGUAAGAAGGCAAGCCGCAAACACAAGUCUAAGUCACGAUCAAGAUCAACAACUCCUCUUCGUCGUAAACGCUGAGGAAUUUAUGGCACCAGUGCUAUGACGUUUAAAAAUUCCAUGAGUUAUAAAAGGCUUGUCUCAUUAUAGAGGCACAUUGUGGCUAUGUAGGUGAAACCAGAAUCCUUUUUUUAUCUGUACAUAGGUGUAUUUUUUCCAAAUGCUGCUCAGAAUUAAAUACCUAAUAGGAUUUCUUUGUAUUACAUUUUUUCAAGAACGGUAGUGCUUAUUAAGACUAUAAAACAGGCCAUUCUCUUUCAGCUGUAAUGUUCUUAAAAUUACUAUUGAAUGUACUGUGAUGUCAAUAAAGCUCUUUAGUUAAUUUUUGUUUAAAA